CCAGCGUCCUUCUUGCUGUGAGGUGACAGCGCUACUCACUGCGCCUUGUGUCUAUGCAGGUAAAUGUGCAUUUGGUAGAGCCACACUUUAUUUAAAAUACAUGUGAAAACUGUCAUAAGAUGAACUUGUGUAUUCAUGCAUACUGAGUCAGUUUGCCACUAAUAUUGUUCUGUAAACAGAAAAAAUUUCCAAGUCACUUUAAAAAACAUCUCGAGAGCAUGUAAGAAAUAUUUAACCAAGGGUUUUAUGUCUCUGAGAUAUUUGGCAUUGUGAAACCAAUGAUCCAUUCAGAGCUGGAGUAAAAGCAGCAAAACUGCUGACACAAACUUCCUCAGGAUGAGAGUCACAUGGCAAGGUCAAAAUACAAUUCAGUGAAAGAGAAACGUCUACAACACUGACAGCGUCUACAUUAACGAGGUGAGACUGCUAUUUAUUAUUUUUUAUGCUGAACAAACACUGUAUAUACUGGUUAAAUAUAAUUUCAACUGAUUAUGGUGCUAAUUACUUUGCUUUACUAAAGCGAGACACUGCAGGUAAAAAAAAGUUUUUUUUUCUCUGUAAUGUAAAGAAAACAUCUAAAAUACGCAGAAUAGGCUCAAUCUAAAAACGUAGAUAUAUUUACAUUUCUGAAGAUCGCAAAUUAUGUAGCCAGAGCUACGUAUAGCUGCAUUUCAUCUUUAAAAUGAAUGCUACAGGGGCGGUAUGAUGGCGUUCCUUUACACGCUUGGCAGCUAACCUCCAUGUGGACAGCUUUUACACUGUUACCAGUUUGUCCAGUGGCUCGACACGUACAUCGGCCGACUUGAGACACAGAGAGGAGUUAACCGUGACUACCAAGUUCUAGUCUGGUGAAGAAAGGUUCCAGAAAGCAGGUGUACUUCUGCAUCUGAGAACUACAGUAAAUGAACAGUAAAUAACCAUGCAGGUCUUUACUCCAGCGCUAGUCUUUCAAAGAACGCCCUCAGGCAAAGGCAGAGACAAAUUCAGCAUUCAGUGUCUGGAGUGUUUCGGUAAAAACCUCUACAUCGGGACCAAAGAGGGAGCCGUUGAGUACCUCACUGUAAACAACCCAAGCUCUCAACAAAGCCUUACAGUUCGGGAGGUGGGAAAGAGGCAGAUGGGUCGAAGCGGAGCAAUCAUCAAAUUAACAGCCAUCCCGGUUCUCAAUCACCUCUUGGUUCUUUGGGACGGUUCGAUUACAGUGCUAAACAUGUUCUCCCUUGAAGCCCUCCCAGCUCUGAAGAAAAUCCCCAACGUUUUACUCUUUGCUGUCAGUGAGUCAGGGAUUCAGAGAGAUUCAGCGGAGCUCAUCGUGGCCUCGAGCAGGAGGAAAACAGUAAGCGUUUAUAAGGUGCAUGUGGACAGAUGGGAGUGUGUGAAACAGGUGGUUCUGCCGCAGGAACCUGUGCUUCUGGCUGCGCUCGGCACGUGUCUGUGUGUGGCCACUUGUGACAGAUAUUUUCUCCAUGAUCAUCAGAGCCAAAACACCACUGAUCUUUUCCUACAUAACCUGGGGAAACAAAAUAUCAUCGCUAACAAAUGUGGAAAAGGAGAGUUCGUUCUGAAUGGGCCUGGAUGUUUGGGCAUGUUUGUGAUGAAGAAUGGCACCUCCCAGCAUCCUCCAGUGCAGUUGCCUGAUGGAGUGAUGGACGCGGCUGUUCAUUUCCCAUAUGUGCUCGCACUACAAAAUCAAUCCGUUCACAUCUACAGCAUUCUGGACCAGCAGCUGAAGCAAACUGUGCCUGUUCACAAUGCCAGAUCUCUCGUCCCGACAGAAGAAAGUGUUUUUAUUGUCACUGACAAAGAGAUUCAGCGGCUGUCACCAGUUCCUCUUGAAGAUCAGAUUCAUGAGCUGGUUAACAGACAGAGAGUUGAAGAAGCUCUGACGCUGCUGGAAAGACUUCAACAUCUUCUGCCAAGGGACUCCUACAAGGAUCUACACAAAAAUCUAAUUUGCACAUCGGGAAUGAUAAAGUUCUACAGAGAGGCUUUUGUGGAAGCAAAAGAGCUUUUUAUUAAAGGUGAUUUGGACCCUAGGGAAAUCAUUAGCCUUUAUCCAGCAAUGCCUGUUUUGAGUGAAGAUUUCACACCACAAACAACAGCGGUCAGCAACGCCAAAGACCUGUGGACGUUAAGCCGAAAUGACUGGCCAACAUUUCAACAAUACCUCAGCUUUUUGGACGACUUCUUGAGAGAAGUGAAGCCAACAGCGCAGGGCCAAACGUGUCUUCAGGACAUCGACUCAGCACUUUUCAAGCUGUAUCUGGAACAAGGAGAAAAUGAAAAAUUGGACCAGCUUGUGUCGACACAGAAUAACUGCAAUCUCCAAAUGUGUGUGGCUGAUUUGGAGCAGCACAAAAGGUUUUUCACACUUGGAUUGCUCUAUCAAAGCCAAGGCCAGCAUUUCAAUGCAAUUCAGACCUGGAUUAAAAUUGUGGAGGACGAAAGUGAAGACCCUUCAAACACCAGUGUAUUCCAGCAUAUAGUCAAAACUCUGUCAAAUCUGGAGCAUAAACAGAUCAUCUGGAAAUUUGUGGACUGGGUUCUUCGGAGAGACCAAGAGGCUGGUAUACUUAUCUUCACAAAGACAAAUGCAGGCAACCACAAUACUUUUGUACCAGAAGAAGUUUUUACCAUUCUCAACAGCUACCCAGUCGCUCUGACCCUGUACUUGGAAUAUUUAGUCAAUGAAUCACACAGCAAGGAGGAAAAGCACCAUACUAUGCUUAUCACAUCAUAUGUCAAACGAAUACUGCGGUCGCUUGCGGAUGACCACAACAAUGAAUCAAGCACAGAGGAGAUGAGACAUAAACUACAGCAGUUACUGUGGCAGUCCUCCUUCUACAAUGCUGAUCAAAUAUAUGACCAAAUAGCAUCCUCAUCUCUUCAUGUGGAGCAAGCAAUUUCGCUUGGAAAGAAUGGAAAACACAAAAAGGCCCUGCAGGUUUUAGUCAAUGAGGAGAAAGACCAGCAGGCUGCUGAAUGCUACUGUUGGAGGACCUCUGCUGGACGAGACAAGAAGUUCACGCAGACCAUAUUUCUCACUCUACUACAAAUCUACCUGGAGUCCAGCCAUCACGUCAUCGCAGCAGUGGACCUGCUGAACAAAAACCCAGAGUCUUUUGAUUUAUCCAGCGUGUUGAUGGUGCUUCCGGAGUCCUGGUCUCUAAAAGUGGUCCUGCGGUUCCUGUGUGAAUCACUGAGAGGAACGGUGCAUGACAAAAGAAUGAGAGGUCUGGAGAUGAGCCUAGCCAAAGUGGAAACUCUACGGCACAGACAUGCAUUGAUGGCAGCAACGCAUGAAAAAAUCCAAGUUGACAGAGGAUGUGUUUGCCAUUCAUGCCAGAAACGUCUUACUGGAGCCGAGUUCCUGCGCAGGCCGACAGGAGAGCUGACACACAUAACCUGUCAUAAUGGUGAAAGCAGCCACUGAACACCAGAGACACUAUUAUUCACACCUGUUCACAUUUACUCCGCCGCUGUUUACAAUAAAGACAGUAAUUACAAGGACAGUUAGGGCAAUUACUAUGACAAAUUGCUAAGAGUAUGUGACACAUGCUAAGCUGAGCCACAAACACCAGAAGGAAACCCACAACAACUGCACACAGCACAGGCUGACAGUACACUUAUCCACAAUAUAGCUGCGAUGAUACUCUACAUGUUACUCUGUAUGUUAGAGAGGCAUUUUAGAGAGGCACAAGGCAUUUUUAGUGCAGAAAUACUUUUUUUUUUUUAAAUAUGAACUAGUUUAAUGGCUAAA